GGCCGCUUCUUUUCCUCCUCUUGCUUCCUGUUAUUCCUCUUUUCCCUCUCUUCUUCCCUUUGGCUCCUUCCCAACAUCCUCCGGCGCUCAAGCCUCUUAUAUCUCGACCUCGCCAACAGCUUCCUAUAGCUUCUCACCUCUAACACGCCUCACCGUCCGCCAUGCCCGAACUCCCUUCAAACGUCCACGUCUCGCAGCAUCCCAGCUUGCUGGCCAAGCUCAGCCAACUGCGCUCCAAAAGCGCCAGCCCGCGCGAUGUCAAGUCUCUGGUCCACGAGAUCGCAUUGAUCCUCUCCUGCGAGGCCGUCAGCUCGGUCAUAAAACCAGCCAGCGGUCCAAAGGACCAAACUCCCUUGGGCUUCGAAUACACAACCGUCGUCUCUGAACCGAGCAAUAUCUGCAUCGUUCCGAUCCUGCGAUCCGGUCUGGGCAUGGUCGAAGCCGUACAAACCAUGCUUCCUGCUUCAGUACCGGUCCACCACCUCGGCAUGUACCGCGAGCCCUCAACCCUCGAUCCCGUCGAAUACUACAACAACCUCCCCCAACAUCCCUCCGGCCCUGACAGCGGCAGAGUCGCUAUCAUCGUCGACCCCGUCAUCGCUACAGGCGGUACAUGCGCCGCCGCCAUCCAAACGCUGCGUGAAUGGGGCGCCAAAAAGGUCAUUGUCUUGUCAGUCUUGGGUGCUCAGGACGGUGUUCAGAAAGCCGCUGCCGAGUGGCCCGAGAGUACGGAGAUUUGGAUCGCAGGCGUGGACAAGGAGCUGACGGAUGGCGGCAUGAUUAAGCCUGGUUUGGGCGAUGUUGGAGACCGUCUGUUUUUGACGAUUGGCAAAUAGCUCAGUGUUGCAAACGAGCAGUCACCAAAUAAGACAUGUGGAGGAGAAUAGAAUAUUUGUGCUUGGAAUAUAGCGAUAAAUAGGGACGGGCGUAAAGAAUUCAAUUUGAAUAGCUCUGCUUGCUUGGCCUCGAAGAAUGUGCAGCGCAAAGACGGCACAUAAAACAAGAACAGGAAUGAGGCUGUAUCAAAGCGAGCUUUGUAUUGUAACCAUCGCAAUGGCUCAUGUAUAGCUAAAUUUAUUUAUUCAACCUCGA